CAGGCGCGUCCCCGUGUGUUUCCGAGCAGCAGCAGUUCGAGUCGUGAGUCGUCGCGGGGAAGAGAAGCUCGAGCUCGGUCGGAUCAUCAGGUCCGAGUCGAUCGGUUGAUCAGCUGAUCGGAUCAGAUCGAUGGAUUAGAGGAUCAGCUGCUGCUCAGACAUGGAGUGUGUGUGUGCGUGGCUGGUGUGUGUGUACAUGGUGAGCGUGUGUGUCGGGGCUCAUGGAGGAUUGGAUGGGAGCGACCACGCCCACCUGGAUCACCAACACCAUCACCUGGUUUCCAACGGCAACGCAGCCUCAGAUCUGUGUGCGAUAGACCAGCUGCUCUGUCGGGACGAGAACGCCGUGCUGAGUUUCGAGGCGAUCUGCAGCGUCCACAAGCUGAUGGACGACGACGCCGAUGGGACGGUGGACACGACUGAGACGGACGAGUUUCUGAGGGAGGAUAUGAAGGAUCACAACCCCAAAGCCAAACACAAAAGCUUCCACGGAGCCGACCUGCACAUCAGCGUGGACGACAUGUGGAACGCCUGGAAGGGCUCGGAAGUGUACAACUGGACGGUGCAGCAGGUGGAGGACUGGCUGCUCGUCAGUGUGGAGCUUCCUCAGUACACAGAAACCUUCAGGAGACACCAGCUGGACGGGAAGUCCUUACCCAGGCUGGCGGUGAAGAACACCACGCUGACCAUGUCGGUGUUGAAGAUUGUAGACAGAAGUCAUUGUCAGAAGCUGCAGCUCAAAGCUCUGGACAUCGUGCUGUUCGGACCUCCGCCAGGCCGACAGAACCGGUGGAAGGACCUGGUUCUGGGCGUGUCCGUCCUCAUGGCUCUGUGCGGCUGCUGCUUCGCCUACGUUCAGACCAGGCGGUCCCGGGACGACCUGGGGAGGCUGGUGAAGGACCUGGAGGGUCUGCAGAGGGCGGAGCAGAGCCUGCUGGAGCUGCAGGGGAAGCUGCAGCAGGCGCAGGAGGAGCAGCGCUGCGUUCAGGUGGAGAAGGUGAAGGUGGAGGAGGAGCUGAGGAACGAGAUCUGCUCGGCCAAACAGGAAGCGCUGCGGCUGCGGCAGCUCAGGGCGGGAACGGAGAACGAGAGGAGCCGCCAGAAGUACGCCGAGGAGGAGCUGGAGCAGGUGCGUGUGGCGCUAAAGAAGGCGGAGAGGGAGCUGGAGUCGCGGGCUCACUGGGCGCCAGCGGAGAAUCUGCAGAGAUGGCUACAGCUGACGCACGAGAUCGAAGUUCAGUAUUAUAACAUCAAGAAACAGAGCGCGGAGAAACAACUGCUGCAGGCCAGAGAGGGGGCAGAGAAGAUCAAGAAGAAGAGGAGUUCUCUGUUCGGGACGUUUCACGUCGCUCAUAGUUCCUCGCUGGACGACGUCGACCACAAGAUCCUAUCAGCCAAACAGGCCCUGGCCGAGGUGACGGCGGCCCUGCGGGAGAAGCUCAACCGCUGGCAGCAUAUCGAGUCUCUGACCGGUUUCUGUUUGGUCAACAAUCCGGGUGUGGGGGCGCUGGCCGCCGCCCUCAACCUGGACCCGUCCGUGCUCGGCCUGCGACCUCCGACCCCUCAGCACCUGCUGCUCUCCGACGACCUCGACGACAUGGACGAGGACAUCCUGUCUCCUGGGACGCUGCAGUACGCAGCGUGGCAGAUGGACCGGCGAGUGAGCGACCUCUGGCCCCUGAGUGGCAUCACAGACACCCAGUCGCCGUGGAAACAUUCUGCUCUGAAUCUGACGCCCCUGCGACAGCGGAAAGGAGACCCCGCUCUGACGUUCAACUCGCAGAGGGACAUCAUGGACCGCUCUGACUCCGACUCCUCCCUUCCUCUCCCUCAUGGCGAAUCACGGGGCCUGUACAGCUCCAAGCCCUUCCUCCCGCCAUCCCGGCUCCACCCCCUGCAGGGUCAGGGCACUGGGCUCAGUGGAGGAGGAGGAGCAGGAGGCCUGGAGAAGAGCUCCAGCCUCGGGGAGCUGAGGGGCAGCCCGGCCGCCGUCCUCGCCUCCUCCUGCUCCACCCGCUCCCUCUGCAUCACCUCCGACCCGGUCGUCUCCUCCUCCUCGGGUCGGGGGACCGGCCUCCAGCUCCGGAGCAGGGGGAGCCCCGCCGAGGAGGACGGGGGUGACGAGGGCGAGUCGUCCGUCAGCCGGAGGAGACACGCCUUCAAUAAGAUCUUUAAGAAGAAGCAGGGACGUCACUGAGCCUGGAACAACUGCUCCGCUUCGAACUGCUGCUGAGGCACGAUGGGACUUUAACCUUCAUCGUGAUGAACAAACCAAACUGUCACUCAGAGGAAACAUCAGUUCUUAAUGCUUCAAUUAAGAUCAGGUUCAGACAUGACCGACCUCCCACUCAUGAAGACGGACGAGUUCACGAGGACGGAGGACUGACGAUGAUCGUAGACAUAGGAAACAUGACUGGGGGGGACUUUUUUCAUCUUCUCUCUUUUUCUAUUGAAGACAAACUGGGAUGGGAUGAAGAGAAUUCAAACAUCUUCUUUAUAUUUGUCUGUCUGUCCUUCAGAUGGUCGUUUACUUCAGACUCGGACCAAUCAGCAUGCAUCAGCAGAAUCUCCCCCUUCCUGUAAGAAAAACAAAGGGACAUUUCCUGAUAUAUAAUCAAUGCUACAUUUGGCAAAAUUGAAAUAAAAUGUGGACAUUUUGUCUCCAA